AUGUAUUCCGUUGUAGGCGAAUGGGACUGUUCAGAUGCAUCGGAUGAACAAGGUUUAUUCAUGAUUGAUGAAUUCUCUAUACAUAAUCAACAAUUAGAAAAUUUAGAAAAAUUGAAAAUAAAAUGUUUUCAACAUUAUCAAAGUCGAUCACCAUUUUCAACAGUAUGCAACAUUACAAGAGAAUAUCCGUGUUUCUUAGCAAAUAUGACCGAAAAAAUAGUAAAAAUAAAAGAUUUAUUGGAUCACUAUCGACCAUGUAUCAGUUUGCAUCAAAUUGGUAAUGGUAUAUCUGAUUGUUAUGGUAGUUUAGAUGAAAGAAAUUUAAUCAACGGAUGUAAUUCAGUAAGACAAAUGGGUUAUGAUUUUCUGUGUAGUGAUGAUAAUCCUAAAUGUAUACUAGCAGUAUUUCUGUGUGAAAAGCAUUGUUCAAACCAAUAUGAUCAGCCAUUGUGUUUCUAUCGACGAUCACAAUCAUGUGCUGGUAAAACGGAUGUUUUAUGUUUAACCGGGGAAUGUAAACGAAGAGCACGUUGUGAUGGCAACAUCGACUGUCCACUUGGUGAAGAUGAAUAUUGGUGCAAUGCAGAUAAAUCACUUUACGAUAUUAUUAAUUAUCGUCGCGCAAAACAAGACGAACAACGACAAAAGCAAGCACAAUUUGCAUUGAAAAAUUACCCAUAUUCAUCGAUGCCUGAGAUGCAAGAAAAUAACCGCAUGAUAAUCUCUCAUUUCGAUCAUGAAGAUGAAGGUAAAUUAGCCUACUAUUGUAAUCGUGGUAUAUCAAUAGUACAUGAUACUAUUGCUUGCUUCUGUCCUCCUAGUUAUUAUGGUUCAAAAUGUCAAUUUUAUAGUGAUCGACUUACAAUUAUUACACAUUUAAAUUUGACACAUACAAAUUACACUAAAAAUGACCAAAAAAUUGUUAUUGAAAUUUUAGUUUUGUUCAUAUUCGAAAACAAUACAAUAUUAGAUUAUUAUCAAUUUCACGUUCGACCAUCUUUGGAAUUAAAUGGAAGCUACAUUAAACAUAAAUUUUAUUUACUCUAUUCAAGAUCACAAGUUCUCAUCGAACAUAAGCGACAGCGUUAUUUAAAUAGAACAAAUAUAAGUAAACAACAACCAUAUCAGGUGAGAUUUGAAGCCUACGAACUGGAUUUGAAUUAUAGUAUUAAACUUGUUGGCCUUUGGCAAUAUCCGAUUUAUUUUGAUUAUUUACCAUCAUUUCGUUUAGUCAAAAUAUUAACAAUACCACCACAAGAGACAAAUCAAACAAUGAACAAUCCGUGUUUGCCUAAUCCAUGCCAUUCAAAGAAUACUGUUUGCCAAUCGAUUCUCAAUGGAAAUCAAACUUACCUUUGUUUAUGUAAAAAUGGUUAUUAUGGUGAAAAUUGUCAAAACUAUGAUGAACAGUGUUCUAUUUAUUGUUCAUUGAAUUCGACAUGUAAACCAAAAUAUCGAGGUAAAUUAGCAGCUGGCUACCAGUAUCCAUUAUGUGUAUGCCCGUUAGAUUAUUUUGGUCCAUCGUGUCAUUUAAGACAAAAUGUUUGUGAUUUUACACCAUGUUUGAAUAACGGUUCCUGUUACACGACAUACGAUCCGACAGGUGUUCAACCAUAUAUAUGUCAAUGUAUGGAACAAUUUUAUGGUGAUCAAUGUCAAUAUGAAAAAAUAUCCAUUAAAAUUCAAUUAAAUUCGACAUCAAUGACAUUGGUUGCUUGUGUCAUUCAGUAUUAUGAUAUUGAUAAUAUUAUAUAUGAUUUAAUUAUAAGACAUCAACAAGUUUAUCGAUCAUUACCAAUUAUUUUUCGAUAUAAUCAUGAGCAACAAGUGGCGCCAAUUCUUGCUUUACUUAAACUAUACGAUAUCACUUAUCAAGCUCAAUAUCAUAUAUUGUAUAUACAACAAAACCAGACGAUGAUUAAUAUCACAUCCACAAUAUCAGCGAACAAUGAAUGUCCUUAUGCUCUUACAUUAUUAUCCAAUACUGACAACCAUUCAAUAUUGACACUAUUUCAAUAUCAUCAAAUAUGUCAACAAUGGCGAAAUCGAUCUAUUGAUAAUUUAAACUGCUUUCAUGAUCAUGAUUACUUAUGUAUCUGUGAUUUAGAUAAUUAUCGUGCUGAAUGUUUUGGUUAUGAUCAUUUUCUUGAUCAAUGUCAAUUGUGUCUAUCUGGUGGUCAUUGUUUGAAAGGAGACAUACAGAACAAAUACGACUUUGUCUGUCUAUGCCCUCGAUGUUAUUCAGGUGAUCGUUGUCAAUUCAAUAAUGAAUUGUUAGGUUUUACGCUAGAUAGUCUUAUCAUUAGGGACACAUUUAAUGUUCAAUUGAUUUAUGUUUUUAUUGUUUUUGUAUUAUUUAUCAUUGGUACCUUAAAUAACUUCUGCAGUUUCAUCACAUUUAAACGUCCAAAACCACGAAAAGUUGGCGUUGGAAAUUAUUUGUUCAUUGUUACAAUAUGUAAUCAACUUUCAUUGUUAUUUCUAUUCAUAAAGGUAACACAUAUUCUAUUAAGUAGCAGGCAGAUAUUUAAUAACAUAUACUAUUCAUGUAAAAUCAUUUCAUAUCUCUUGUCUGUAUCUACUCGUGCUAAUUAUUGGUUAACAAGUUUGGUCACUAUGGAACGACUAGCAAUAAUUAUAUGGCCAACACUAACAACUUUUAAAACACCCAAAGUAGCUUUAACAUUAAGUUCAUUGACGUUCAUUAUUAUUAGUGGUAUGCAUGUUCAUGAAUUAUUCUAUUAUACUGUUAUUGAUCAGUCACUCUGUGUUGUUAAUUAUGCCCACCCGACAGUGUCAAUCUACGAUCGUGCUAAUGUUUUAAUUCAUUAUUUAGUUCCAUUUUGCAUCCAGACAAUCACGAUUACUGUCUUGAUUAUUCUCACAGCUAAAAGUCGUGUUCGUGGACAAAUAAAUCAAACAACAUUUCGAGAAACAUUCAAGAGGCAAUUGAAAACACAAAAAGAAUCGCGUGGGUUUGAAUGUGUUGUGUUUGAAGAAGAACCACAUUGA